AUGAAUUGGUACAAAAUUUGAAGAGUAGAGCAGUAACUAACCGUGGUAAGAUUGGUGAGGUAAGAAAGAAGAGGAAGCGGUGAGAGGAAAAAACGCGUUGGAGGGCUCAAACACGGUUUUCUCGGGCCAGGUGGGUUUGACCAUUGGUUGCCGAAAACCGAAGCCGUCCUCGGAAAGAGCCCACUUUCCCACACCCCACCCAGCCCAUCCCUCUAAUUUUGUUUCUUUCAAACAUUUCUCACCAAUUACUACUCUCACGACAUAAACAUUUACAUAUGUCCCUUCCACACUCUCUCUCACUGGACACUUGUUUCUUCCUCUUUUUCUUUUUCUCUUUCUCUCUCGCUACUCUCUUUCUCAUUCUUUUUCCAUGGACCCCAAGGACGAAUUUGAACUCACAGGGACCACUUUCUCUCAGUUACUAUUCGGAGAUGACCUUGAUGCAACAACACCUGCAUUGCCUCUCCCUCACCACCACUGCUCUUACGAUCACCACUCCCUCUCCUCUUCCCCUCUUUUCUCCUUUCACAAGCCACCCAAAAUGCUAUGCUUUGGAGACCAUGAAACCAUACCCCACAUUCCUCCCACCAUCGUCACCCCUCAGAAAUCUGUCAUCACUUCCAGUGACUCCUCUUCUGCUUCCUCCUCCAACUACACCAACACCGCCUUCACUUCCCUCCCCAAGUCCACUAGUUUGCAGAAAAAGCGGAAUGGGUUGGGACAAGAAUCAGUCACCAAGGUGGGUGUUGGAGGCCAGAGACAAACUAAAAAGACCAAAGCAGAGAAUCCCACCUCAACCGGACAUGCAAAGAGGAAGGAGAAGCUUGGGGAAAGAAUUGCAGCGUUACAACAGCUUGUUUCUCCCUUCGGCAAGACAGAUACAGCAUCGGUGCUUCACGAGGCCAUGGGAUAUAUAAGGUUUCUUCACGACCAAGUUGAGGUCCUGUGCUCUCCUUACUUGCAAAGCUUGUCAUCGUCACACCACGAACACCAGCACGGUGAAGAAGGAGAAAAGAAGAAAGAGGAAGUGAAGAAGGACUUGAGGAGUAGGGGUCUGUGCUUGAUCCCAGUGGGAUGCACCGUACACGUGGCGAGUAGCAACGGUGCUGAUUUUUGGUCAGCUGGUGCAAUAGGGAACAAAGUUUCACCAUCAGGGAAGAAGUAGUGAAAAGAAAGGAAGAUGAAUGAAUCGUUUUGAAAAUUUGUAGCCUUUUGGGAAAUGGGUUCCUAUGUCUGCCCAAAUUGGAGUUGUACUCAAUAUGACAGCUUAUCUGGAGAUGGAUGGGUAAGGAGGUAAACUGCAGGAAAUGGCAAAGAGGGAUAACAAUUAACAAGAGUGGUUCAAAGUUCACACAUGAGGUACAAAUCAGAGGUCAUCAUUUUGUCCUUAAAUAUGUAACAUCUCUUUUUGAGGUCCUUUUCUCAGGACAACAACUAUAUCUAUAUAUCUAUAUAUAUAUUAUCAUUAUUCUAUACAUCAAACCAACCAAAUAUUUUAUCUAGGAUUUAGGGACCCUCAACUACCACUCUACCAUUCCUUAUAUUUUUAUUAUAUAUUUUCUCUCUAUAUUUCGCUUCAAAUUUCACCUGUGUCCAUCGAAACAAUCGUGUUAAGGUAUAUUAUUGUGGGUGUCGUCUCAUUUUGUAGUGUUCUACAAAAUAAUAUUACGACAACAGAAUAUCCGCGAAUACGCGUGAUAUUAUGUCACCAUUCGUAACAGGGUGAUCGUUGGUAUGAAUGGGAUAUCGGAGUUAUAUAGCAAUUUUUCUUCCAACAUUAUUAAAAGGGAAAAUCACGAUUUGUAAU